AUGAUUCCCCUAAGCUGGAAUUGCCGGGGGCUUGGGAACCCCCAGGCAGUUCGUGACCUUCACCAAAUGGUGAAGGAAAGAAAGCCCAAUUUUGUGUUCCUUAUGGAGACUUUGUGCACGAAAGGACAUAUGGAUCGCAGAAGGAACAUGUUAGGUUUUGAUAAUAUUUUUAUGGUUGAUCCUAUAGGGAGGAGUGGGGGUCUUGCUUUGUUGUGGAAAGUAGAGGAUAAUCUGGAAAUCUACAAUUUUUCUAGACGGCAUAUCAAUGCGGUUGUGAAGGAUGGUAAGGGACAACUUUACUGGAAGUUGACGGGCUUUUAUGGUCACCCUGAUAGUAGUAAAAGGGUAGAGUCUUGGGCUAUUCUCCGACACUUGCUUUCCAGCCAACCGGUCCCGUGGAUUUGUGCUGGGGACUUUAAUGAAACUGUGGACCAAGUAGAGAAAGAGGGCUCUUUGAUUCGUAGGGAAUCUCAAAUGGUAAAGUUCCGUGAUGCUUUGGAGGCUUGCCAUCUAGGGGAUUUGAGGUUUUCUGGUCCUCGUUUUACAUGGAGUAAUCGGAGGAUGGAUGGCUCUUUUACUAGAGAGCGUCUUGAUCGAGCUGUGGCAAACCCAGAAUGGUGUUCCAUUUUCCCCAAAGUUUCGGUACGAGUUUUGGCUGCUAGAACCUCGGGUCAUCGUCCACUGUUCGAUGACAAUGAACCGGAAAGGCUGUCUUAUAGGAGGAGUUUUAAAUUUGAAGCUUGGUGGGCUAAUGAUUUUGAGUGCUCAAAUGGGAUUAACUCGGCCUGGAAUGUAGACAAUCUUGGGAGGGUGUCUUUUGCAGAAAUAUAG